GCGCGGGAUAAACACGUCUCCUCUUCCCGGUUAAGGGAAAUCAUAUCCGAUGCCGGAGGACCUUUCGGCGCAAUCGCACGUAUCCUCGGUGGAAUGUGCACGGCGCCACCGUGCCAGGAUUUCAGAGAGCUUUUUCGUAUCCUCCGCGAGGAGGAAAUUUCAGUGCUUGGCCCGCAACCGUAUCGCGUCGCCCCGAACUUUGACUCCUCCGCGCGAUCGCGCCCAAGUCGCGUGGAUUAAUAAAAAGAGAAUAAUCGACGAUAUAUACGACAGCGACAACCGUCGGAUUAAACUCUGAAGAGAUCACUAUAAUUUCUCUGACGCGACAAUAUUUUUAAUAUAUCGAUAAUUUUUGUGAUAAAAUGACCGAGAAAUCGAUCGUAUAAAAAAAGUGCGAGGUCUGGAUUGAUUAUGUUUGUGGUAUUUUUUCGUAAAAGCGGCGUCAACGAUCUCGAUUCGCGGUAACAUUUCCGCAUGUGAGGAGCGCGAAUGAGGAUCCGGUGAGGGUGAGGGUGAGGUGACGCGGCAUUAUGCCAACGAACGGCGUGAUCCCGCGGGUGCUUUUCGAAGGAUCGCAAAUGGAAAGUGAUCGUUUGUAUCGGACGGUGGUGGGAAGGUCGCUGUCAAACGCAGAGUGGCGCGCGUGAAUUAGAUUAGAGAAAUGAGUGCGAAGUGAAAAAUGGUCACGUUCCACGGCAUGGUCCUCCUGCUCCUGGGAAUCGGAUACCUGUUACACGCGGAACCACUUUACGGCGAACGUGGCAUCGCGUUUUUGCAUAGCAGCAACGACACAUUUGGAAAGGGGGAAAAGUCGCAGCGCGGCACAAAGAAGACGUAUUUUUUCAAAGACACCCCGCACAAGUUAACGGUGGCCAUAGGUCAGGCCGCCGUGCUGUUAUGUCGCGUUAAGAAUUUGGGAAACAGAACUGUGUCUUGGAUCCGAAAAAGGGACCUACACAUCUUGACGUCCAUGUCCGUGACUUACACGAGCGACGCGAGAUUUACGGUAGUCAGCAAUCCGGAAACCGACUACUGGAAUCUGCGAAUAGAUUACGUGCAACCGCGGGACGCCGGCAUUUACGAGUGUCAGGUUAAUACGGAACCGAAGAUAUAUAGAGCCGUGACUCUGAAGGUUUUGGAUAUACAGGCGAGGAUCACGGGUCCUCAGGAGCUAUAUAUCAAGAAAGGUAGCACAAUCAGCCUGAUCUGCAGCAUAGAACUGCAGGAUCUGCCCCCGAGCAACGUGACUUGGUAUCAUGCCGGUGCGGUGAUCGAUUUCGAUGGUCCAAGAGGUGGCGUAUCGCUGGAGACCGAGAAGGGUAAACAGGGCACCACGAGCAAGCUCCUAAUAACGCGCGCUCAAUUUAACGAUAGCGGUAAUUAUACAUGCGCUUCGAGCAAAGUCACCCCGGCAAGCGUCAUGGUGCACGUACUAAACGGGGAACAUCCCGCUGCAAUGCAACAUGGCGGAACUGGCGAUGUAAAUAGACGACUCGUUCUGCUCGUCUUGAUUUUCCUCGUCGAUACGAUGUUUCGGUGAAUCAAUCUUGACGCCAUCGAUCUCCUGAAAAUAACUCCCGAAUUAGCAUCUUCUAAGAUGCCUUCCCGGAAAUGAGACGCGAGAGUAAUCAACGAGAUAGCGUAUGAUUUACAGUAAGAGCGAUUUUUUUUUUUAUUGACGCAAAGUUAUUGGUCAAAGUAUAUGUUAACACUAAUUUAGGAUCAUCUAUGUACGUUCGUUUGAAGAACCCAAAGAAUUUUCAUCCAAUCUCUAAUGUAUGUGAAUUGCGAGGUUCAACCAAUCAUCCUGAUAUUAGACUCUUUGGAUUCGUCGCUCAAAUAUCUUUAUUCGAAAUGUCAGUACGAAUACGAGUAAUAUGUAUGUAAUAUAAUAAACUUUUUGGAGUUACACAAA